UUGGCAUCUGGCAUUGUGCAUCCAAGUUCAUCCCAAGCCGGAAUGCCUGUUUGGGCAGCCGAGGCCAUCACGUGCCAUGACAUCGAGAUGAUGUCAGCUGACUGCGCUUACGUCAGCGCAUUAACCACAUCACGUGACGCACUAGCCACGUCGUAUUCGUAUCCCUUCCUCGGCUGUCUUUCUCCUUUGCGCUCCCUUCGCGAUGAUCUGUCAACAUGUCUCCUCGCAGACUAUUGUUUCACCGCAGUGACGGCACUCCAGGACCAUGCGAUGCACAUGGUGCUGUCUCACCCAGCAGCGGCACAUGCCGACACGAUAGAUGUCAUCAGCAGCCGCAGCAGCACCAGCCGCGGGGAUAAAUCUAAAUCCUCGCCCACCACGCGGGUCCGACCAAACUCUGUGCCCAAAAUUCAGGUCAGCCUUGUUGGCCCCCAAGAAACCCUCCGAGGACGUGGCGCAGGGGCAAUCCUGCUGCCUAGCCGAUCCUGCACCGUGAUGGGCUGCUUCGCGUUCCAGGGACCCCGAAUCACACUAAGGGGCUUUCCCACCCUGCCUUGGGCCUAUCAAGGGUUCCCCAAACAUGCGCGACCCUAACAUUCUUGCCGAACUCCGGCUCAAACCCGCUGACUGUAUU